AUGCUCACGUCGGGGCUAACAAACACCCCACUCACCAAAUCCCUCCUCGUCUACACAAUAGCCUCCUCAAUCGCCCUCUCAAUCCUCGACAUCAAACACCUCGCCUCAAUCCAUGUCUCCCCACACUUCUGGCCAUACGCGCAAUUCUGGCGCGCCCUUGUCUGGCACGUCGCCGGGUUUACAAACUCCACGGAAGCCCUGUUCGCCGCGAUGCUAGUGUAUCAUUUACGGGUUGUUGAGCGCGCUUGGGGGAAGAGGAAGAUGGCCACGUUCGUUCUCACGACGUUACCAUACACAACACUCCUCCCACCACUUCUCCUCGCUCUACUAGUCCGACCACUCUCCCUCAACACACUGAAUUAUCUCCCCUCCGGCCCAACGGCAAUGAUAUUCGCCCUGCUGGCGCAAUACUACGCCAUGAUCCCGCAUACAUUCCGCUUCCGCAUCGGUACUACUUCCUCCUCUUCCUCGUCAUCCGCCACCACCACCGCCGCGAAUGACGAAACAACCGCCACAAACACCGCACCCACACCCGCAACCGCAAAACCAACACCACCAAGUCUAACCCUCCUCCUCUCCGACAAAACAACAACAUACCUCGUUGCCGCCCAGCUCGCUCUCUCCCAAUUCCCCGCCAUGCUCCUCCCCUCCGCGCUCGGCUGGAUAGUGGGUAUGGCCUGGCGCGCAGAGUUACUACCGGGGUUAUCACCGGCUGCGCAUGGGUUCCGCGUUCCGGCGUGGAUAGUUGGGGAGAGGGAGCGGAGGGGUGUUGCCGGUGCUGGUGCGAGUGGAAGUGGGGGGAGUGCGGCGGAGAGAGAGCGGUUUGAGGAUUUGCGGAGGAGGUUGGAGGGGGAGGUUGCUGCUUCGACGUCUGUGGAGAAUGGGGGUGGACAGAGGAGGAGGGGUGGGAGUGGGAUUAUGGAGAGGUUGAGGGGGGCUUGGUGA